AUGAAUGCUCCUGGACGCUCCUGGAGGCUCCUCUUCUCCUGCCGCGUGCUGCUGGUUCACAACGACGUCACCAACGAGAGUCUGGGGGCCGCCGUAUCCGCCCGGCUGGCCGGCAGCGAGGGUCUCCUGGGGGCCGGCCUGCGGGUCCACGGGGCCUCCACGCAGGUCUCUGUGAUAGAGAACUGUCCCGAGGAGAAUCCGCUCCACUACCGCUGGCCUGAGAGCCGACCUGAGGUCACCAGGUCACUGCCAUGCUUCCCCAACAAGGACCAGAGCAGCUCCAGGACCUGUUUGAUCCGCCCCCAGGAGCUCUCCUCCUAUUGGUCCACGGCCGACGCCACCAACUGCACCGACAUCGACGACAUCGAGGUGUCGGCAGAAAACGCGGCGGAGGUGGCGGUUCAGCUCGCAGUCAUCACCAACAACGAGCUGUCCAAUGAGGAGGUGGGGGCGGGGCCAGUGCUGGGAGGGACUUCCUGUGAUGAAGAGCGACCUCUUCAUCUCCUCUUCUUCUCCUCCUCCUCAUCUUCUCCACUUCAUCAUCUCCUCAUCAUCUUCAUCUCCUCCUCAUCUUCUCCUCUUCUUCACCUCCAGGUGUCCAAAGUGGUGACGAAGGUGAAGCAGCUGGUGAACGUGGCGACCAUCAACAGCUCGCUGGCGUCCACCGUCGUCCUCAUCAUGUCCAACGUCAUGAGCUCAGGGGCGGCAACCGCCGCCACCUCGGAGAGGGCCCUGAAGACAGUCGAUAGGCUGGUUCAGAAGAUCCAGUUUGAGGGUCCGUCCCUCAGCCUGAGCUCCAGACACCUGGCGGUGGGGAUCUCCACCCUCAACACCUCCACCUUCACCGGCACCUCCUUCAGCGCCUUCACAGCUCCGAACACCACCGACCCACAGGUUGACUUCCAGACCCAGAGGCCCGACCCCCUGGCUCAGGUGGUCCUUCCUGCGUCUCUGCUGUCCGGUUCCUCCCUGAGUGAAGAAGACCUCUCGUCUCUGUCCCGGAUCAACUUCCUGUUCUUCAGCAGCACCAACUUCUUCCAGAAGCAGCAGGGCGGCCGCUCCCUGAACAGCUACGUGGUGGCGAGCAGCGUGGGGAACCGGUCCAUCCGAGACCUGAAGGACCCGGUGGAGAUCCACAUCGCCCACCUGUCUGAACACGCGCAGACACACCUGAACCCCGUCUGCAUGUUCUGGGACUUCGACAUGAACGGCGGGGCCGGAGGCUGGAACGCGGCCGGCUGCCGGGCCGCGGCCGGCUCCAGCAGCAGCCGGACCGUGUGUCUGUGCGACCACCUGACGCACUUCGGCAUCCUGAUGGACAUUUCCGGAGCGUCGCCCCACAUCGACCCGAAGAACAACAGGAUCCUGACCUUCGUCUCCUACAUCGGCUGCGGCGUCUCCGCCGUCUUCUCCGCCGCCACGCUGCUCACCUACGUCGCCUUCGAGAAGCUGCGGCGCGACUACCCGUCCAAGAUCCUGAUGAACCUCAGCGCGUCGCUGCUGUUCCUCAACACGGUCUUCCUAUUGGACGGCUGGCUGGCCAGCCUGCGAGCCGAUUGGCUGUGCCUGUCCGCCGCCGUGCUGCUGCACUACUUCCUGCUCACCACCUUCACCUGGAUGGGGCUGGAGUCGCUCCACAUGUACAUCGCCCUGGUCAAGGUCUUCAACACCUACAUCCGCAGAUACAUCCUCAAGUUCUGCCUCGUGGGAUGGGGACUCCCGGCGGUCUUGGUGGGCCUCGUGGUCGCGGUGGAUAAAACUUCUUACGGUCUGCAGCACUACGGCAGAGGACCAGGAGAGUCCUCCGAGUUCUGCUGGAUCCGGGCCCCUGUGGUCUUCUACUCCACCGUUGUGUGUUUCUUUCUCCUCGUCUUCCUGCUCAACGUCUCCAUGUUCAUCGUGGUGAUGCUGCAGAUCUGUGGGCGCAACGGGCAGAGGGGCAGCCGCACACUGAGGGAGGAGGUGCUGCGGAACCUGCGCAGCGUGGUGAGCCUGAGCUUCCUGCUGGGCAUGACGUGGGGCUGCGCGCUGUUCGCCUGGGGCCCGCUGAGCCUGGCCUUCACCUUCCUGUUCGCGCUGUUCAACUCCCUGCAGGGUCUUUUCAUUUUUAUCUUCCAUUGCGCUUUGAAAGAAAACGUCCAGAAACAGUGGAGACAAUUUCUGUGCUGCGGACGCUUCAGACUGUCAGACAACUCAGACUGGAGUAAGACGGCCACCAACAGGAAGCUGGGCUCGGACCACCUGGCCAAGUCACUGUCCUCCAGCUCCUCCGGCUCCACCACGGCCCACUGGACCUCCAGGGCCAAGGAGACGCUCAACCCCUUCAGCCAGAGGCACAGCAGCACAGAAAGCUCAUCCGUCCAAUAGCAAGAGGGGAGGACCGACGCAGACCAGCAGCCACCAGUGCGCCUCCUCCUCCUCCUCCUCCUCCUCCUCCUCCAGAGGCUUCUGCUCUACGCGCUCUGACAACUUCUACAAGAACGUGGUCCUGUCCGACAGCACCGGGUUCUAGACGGUUCUGGAUUCUUCAUCAUCUUCAUCUUCAUCAUCUUCUUCCUCCGGGCAGCUUCAGUGGCGGUUCACGGUUCCCUGAAGCAGAACUCUGGAACCUGGGAGCGCCCGCCAUGUCGGCCCUGGAGAACCUUCUGGUCCUCUGGCCUCCUAGAACCUUCUGGUUCUGGUCCUCCGGCCUCCUAGAACCUUCUGGUUCUGGUCCUCUGGCCUCCUAGAACCUUCUGGUUCUAGUCCUCCGGCCUCCUAGAACUCUCCACAGGAACUCAGAGUUAUGAGGAACUUUAAUGACUGUAAAUGUAACUUUCCCCCCACGGGUCACGUGACCACGUUCUAGGAGAUGUUCUAUAUGUUCUAGGAGAUGUUCUAUAUGUUCUAGGAGAUGUUCUAUAUGUUCUAGAAGAUGUUCUAUAUGUUCUAGGAGAUAUUCUAUAUGUUCUAGGAGAUGUUCUAUAUGUUCUAGGAGAUAUUCUAUAUGUUCUAGGAGAUGUUCUAUAUGUUCUAGGAGAUGUUCUAUAUGUUCUAGGAGAUGUUCUUUAUGUUCUAGGAGAUAUUAUAUAUGUUCUAGGAGAUGUUCUAUAUGUUCUAGGUGUUCUAUAUGUUCUAGGUGUUCUAUAUGUUCUAGGAGAUGUUCUUUAUGUUCUAGGUGUUCUAUAUGUUCUAGGAGAUGUUCUUUAUGUUCUAGGAGAUAUUAUAUAUGUUCUAGGAGAUGUUCUAUAUGUUCUAGGUGUUCUAUAUGUUCUAUGUUCUAGGUGUUGUAUAUGUUCUAGGUGUUCUAUAUGUUCUAGGAGAUGUUCUUUAUGUUCUAGGUGUUCUAUAUGUUCUAUGUGUUCUUUAUGUUCUAGGUGUUCUAUAUGUUCUCGGAGAUGUUCUAUAUGUUCUAGGUGUUGUAUAUGUUCUAGGUGUUCUAUAUGUUCUAGGUGUCACCAUGAUGGUCUCCAUCCUCUCGAGCCCCUGCAGCCGUGGGUCAGAAACCCUGUUUGUAUUUAUGACGUGAAC